AAAAUCUCAUUGGUUACGCUUUUUAUUCGUACACUUAUUCUCCAUGGACUGGAAGGUCUAUAUUUAUGGAAGAUCUUUACGUGGCAUCGAAUUUUCGACAGAAAAACGUUGGCAGCAAAAUUUUACAAGCCCUUGCGAAAGAUGCAUUGGAAAACAAUUGUAACAAAUUAGAUUUCAAGGUUCUUAACUGGAACUCAGCACAAAAUUUUUAUCAAAAACUAGGGGCGAAUGAUUUGACGAUUAAAGAACAAUGGCAUUAUUAUCGUUUUGAUAAUGAAGAGUUGAAAAAAUUAGCGUUUCAAAACUAGCAUCUGAUCUAGAUAAGCUAAAAUAUAACAACUGAUAGUAACAGAGUGUUUUAAUGAUGGAUAGUAUAAUAAUUAAUUUAGUAUUAAUAAUAGAAUAACUGCUUUACAGUAAAAAUCUACUUUAUAAUAGUAGCAAAAUAUUUACUUUAUUAUUAAUAUAAAUAAUGUACAUAAAACUUGAUAAAAAUUUGGUAAAAAUUUAAAUUAUU